CUCGUCACCGCGGUGCAUUGUGGUUAGACACAGUGCUCUUGCCUCUGUCCCCCAUAGAUGUAUUUCCCUCCGUCUUGCUAACCCGAAGAACUGCGUUUUCGGACUAAAACGCAGCCGUAUGCGUUGAUAAAGGACAGUUUGUAGUUAGCGGCGGGUGACUGACUUGUGUUGCUGGUGUCUUCGCUCGCUGUCAUUACCAGUUUAAAAUGGGUAAUUACUGAGAGCACACGCUGUCCCUGGUGCUGUCAGCUAACGUAACUAGCAUAACACGAGAGAGCCGCACAGCACUUCUGAAAACACCGUGGGGAAAGUUAGAAAGUCUCCGAGCUAAGACAGCGUGUGACCUCUUUUACGUGAGACCGUGUAAACCAACAUUAGCUCUUACUCUUAACUAUCAUGCGAGGGUUUUUCAUUAUUGAAUCGGAUCUAGAUUCUGGACUGGCUAACAGCUGGUGGGAACUGAGGGACCACCAAUGAGAUAACUCAAGGAUUUUACACACUCAGAGCUUUCCACCUAUAUUUCAAGCUGUGUCCGCAUCUGAGCUGAACAUCAGCUCUCCAAUGCCACCAAUGGCAGUCUGCGCCAAGGCUGUGUGUUGGGGCGGUGUGGAGAUGAAACUUCACAGAGUGCUGCUGGCUGCCUGUAUGAACUGCACCAGGAGAUAUCUGCCAUUUAGUGGGAACUUAUACCCAAAGCGACCUUUCGGUUCUGCCAGUGCUUUUUCCUCAGGACUUGGUGAGACUCGAACUCUUAAGUACACUGUGCCGCUUGGAAAUACAGAACUGGCUUCGUGUAGCAGGAGCUACAGUGAUAGUGGUUCAAGGUGUCAACUCAGAAAACCUCAGUCUGUUGCGGUGAGAAAGGAGAACCUGCUGCAAGGAGGUGCAACAUGGCCUGUGUCCUUUAUCCGCCACAGAGUGACAGAUGCUCCUCUUUCCAGCGUGCCUCCAACUUUUGUAGUGAUGAAGUUUGACCAAGAGGGGAAUGUGACAUCAUUUGAGAAGAAGAAAACAGAGCUUUGCCAGGAGCUGAGUCUUCAGGCCCGAGACCUUCGCUUUCAGCACAGCACCAGCCUCACUGCGAGAAACAACUGCAUUAUCAUACGAAUGGAGUCCCUGAAAGCCAUCAUAACCCCGCAGUCCCUCUUGGUGUUGGAUUUUCGUGGUCUGGGAUUGGAGCGCUGGUUGGUGCUGGAGCUCGCCCCUCAACUAAUAUCACAGACACACUCUCUGCCCUUUGAGUUCAGAGCACUGGAGGCCAUACUGCAGCACAAGGUUAACACUCUACAAACCCAGCUGAAUGAAGUUGAACCAGUAAUAUUGGACGUAUUGGAAUCCCUGGUGGAUCCUAAAAUCCUUUCUGCUGAUAGAACUAAACUGCAUAUUCUACUGCAGAACAGCAAGAGUUUAUCAGAGUUGGAAACAGACAUAAAGGUUUUUAAGGACUCCUUGCUGAAGAUUUUGGAUGAGGACGAGAUGAUUGAAGAACUCUGUCUGACCAAGUGGACAGACCCAAGAGUUUUUGAGGAGAGCAGUUUGGGCAUUGACCAUGCUGAGGAGAUGGAACUGUUACUGGAGAAUUACUACAUGCAGGCUGAGGAGCUGGGGAACAAGGCCAGAGAGCUGAAAGGGCUGAUUGACGACUCUGAGAGUGUCAUCUUUAUCAAUCUGGACAGCCAUCGUAACGUGAUGAUGCGUCUAAACCUGCAGCUGACUAUGGGUACCUUCUCCCUUUCCUUAUUUGGCUUGAUAGGAGUGGCCUUUGGAAUGAAUUUAACGUCGUGCUUCGAGGAGGAUCCACGUGUCUUCUGGCUGGUAACGGGCUUCAUGUUCUUGGGCAGCGGGCUGAUAUGGAGACGACUGCUGUCAUUUCUGGGACGACAUCUAGAGCCUUCAAUACCCUCACUAAUCCCUCCAGUUUGGAAGAGAAAUCUGAAAGCAUCAGACAUCAGAUCAGGAGUCAGAUGAAGUUGUACCUCCGCUCUGUAAACUGCCACAGACCUCAAACAGACUCUGCAGCUUUAAAGACGCUUGUUUUAUUGCCCUCAACCUCCCAGAUUCUUUACGAAUGCUGGACAGUUUUUUUUUUGUUUUGUUUUGUUUUUUUUAACACACCUCAUUGUUUUAUGAGCCUACAGCAGAGAUCAAGACUGCAUCCCAAUGCCAAGAGACGCCAUUGUGUUACAGUAUGUGUGCUUUUGUAGUCCCCAUCAUCCUCACACUGUGUUGGAGUUAUUUCAGAUGCGAUGCCUUCAUAUCUGUUCAUUUCAUAUCUGUGGGUGAAGUAUGUGGGAGUACUUCUCUGUCAUAACUGGUUUUAUGGGUGUAUGUGUAGGCAAGAUGCAGUACUGGAACUGAAAAUGAUAAUAACCAAGCUAAUAUGAUUACAUGCAGUUGUAUGUUUCCUCAUUUCAUAGGUGAGAUAAGGUGCAGAAUUAAAAAAACAUCCUAUUAUUUAAGUAAAUGGGAGCCAUGUGAACGUGUAGGUCUAUUGUUAAGGUUUAUAAAGAGUUAUUUACUUUGCACUUGUUAAGAUGAGUGGUUCAUGGCAGACAUUUUGAAACAUCAAGGCAGGAAAAGCUCAGGUGUAAAUAUUGUUAACGCAGGCUUCCUUCCAUUAAAUGCCCCACUAAGCCAUGUCACUGAAUGACCGUGCACAAUGUCAUGUCGGUUGUUUGCAGGGACUAUUCUUAAAACACUUGAUGCUCUAAAAGAUGAACAUUUAUCAAAUGAUAACCUGGUAUCUAAUGUGACUGUCAGCAUGACUGAUGAAAAGCAGUGAAACAGGAUUAUUAUUAUUAUUAUUUUUUUUUUUCAGAUAACUUCUGUGGAACAAUGACUGAGCUGCCUCUGCAGUUAUUUAUGUUUUUCUUGUCAGUGUCUCACUAACUGUGAGUGUCUCAAGGUGACAUUUGCCCAAAAAUUAAAGGGUUUUAAUACACAUGGAGCUUUGAAGAGGAUGAUUAUGAUUGUUCCUAUUUUCAUGAAAGCUGAGUUAAGUCAACUUAAUUGUAUCAGGAAUUUGCCUUAGUAAGCUCAUAAUGCAACAGGACGGACACAACAACAUUCAACACAAUAUACUGAUAAUAAAAUCAUAGAUAAAAACAUUUUAAAAUACACAAGGUACCAUAAAUAAUAAAAAAAUGCAGGUCAGCAAGCUGUUGGUAUUCUUUGUUAUUUUGAGGUACUUCAGCCCAAAGCAAACUAUAGUAACUCUUAUACUGUAAAUCACUGUCACUGUCAAUGGUGAUUCUCAGCUUGGCUGGCCAUGACAGGACAGAAAAGCAGAAAAAACAGUUUUUUCUCUUGUGCAUUGCUGAAAAAUUUUACCUCUUCAGACCUCCAAAAAUACUCCUUAAAUGUACUGGUCAAAGCUGACAGACAUGCAGACCUUUGACUUCAUUUUCAGGAGUUCUAAGCAAAAACUGUUGGAAAUCAUUAUAUUAUAGUAUUGUGUAUUAUUUCUAACAAGUCCAGCUAAAUCCUUCACAUUUUGACUGUUGCCAACUGUAUUAUUUUCAGUGCCUAUAAAGAAAAUAUUCACUGUC